AUGGCUCUAGUCGCCGCAUCGGUAGCAGGCGCGGCAACCUUCGGCGCAUACCUCAAUGCCAAGUUUCACGUCGCGAAGGACCUCAGGACCCUCUCGGCCCUCCGGAAUGGCGAAAAGGGCUAUGCGACGGCAGCGGCACGAGGGAAGGGAAACGUGUGGUUCUUGUUCGAAGAGGCCGCGGCUCGAUAUCCGGAUACGACGUGCAUCUGGACAAGGGAGGCGCAGUAUACCUAUCGCGAGGCCGUGACGCGGGCGGCUCGGUAUGCGCAGUGGUUUCGCAGCAAAGGCGUGCAGAGGGGUGACAUCGUGGCGUUUUAUCUGCAGAAUUCAGCGGAUUUUUUGAUCGCGUGGCUGGCGCUGCUGAGUAUCGGAUGUGGGCCGGCCACGGUCAACUAUAACCUGACCGGGGAUGCGCUGGUGCAUUGUCUGAAGAUCAGCGGCGCGAAGUUGCUGCUGGUGGAUGAGGAUGAAGGCUGUCAGGCCCGCGUCGAGGAGUCCAAGACGAGGAUUGAGAACGAGCUGGGCAUGGAGCGCCUGACGGUCGAUGUGACACUGGCGCAGACUCUCGCCUCCUUCCCUGAGACCGUCCCCGACGGCGGAAAGUUGGCUCGCGACAUGGCCGCCGAAUUCCCCGCGAUUCUGCUAUACACUUCCGGGACCACCGGCAUGCCCAAGGCCUGCGCGUUCACCAUGGGGAGACUAUACAGGGGUCUGACGUAUCGAAGCGGAUCCAUCAACGACCAGGGCGGACCAGCCGGCGAUCGCUGGUAUAGCUGUAUGCCGCUAUACCACGGCACGUCGGCCAUCUCAAUGCUGACCAGUCUCGUCACUGGAGUCAGCGUGGCGGUCGGCAAGAAGUUCAGCGCGCGAAAUUUCUGGCACGACAUCCACGACUCCGAGUCGACGAUCUUCGUCUACGUCGGCGAAGUGGCCCGGUAUCUACUUGCAGCGCCGCCAUCGCCUUUAGACCGCGACCAUCGCGUGCGCUGCAUGUACGGCAACGGCUUGCGUCCAGACAUAUGGGAGAAGUUCCGUCAGCGAUUUGACAUCCCGGAGGUCGGCGAGUUCUUCAACAGCACCGAGGGUGUUUUCGGGCUGUUCAACUACAACCGAGGACCCUUCUCAGCCGGCAGUGUCGGUCACCAUGGACUACUAUUGCGACUAAUGCUAAGAAACGUAUAUGUGCCGGUGGCAAUCGAUCCCGUUACCGGCGACGUGCUGCGCGACGAGAGGACCGGCCUUGCAUUGCGACCGUCGCAUGAGACGGGCGGCGAGAUCUUGGUGAAUAUCCCCAACGAAGAAGCGUUCCAGGGAUACUGGAAGAACGAAGACGCCACGCAGAAAAAAUUUCUCCGCGAUGUCUUUCGCAAGGGGGAUCUGUACUAUCGAUCGGGAGACGCGUUGCGACGACAGUCUGACGGACGGUGGUAUUUCCUCGACCGACUGGGAGAUACUUUUCGCUGGAAGAGUGAGAAUGUGGCGACCGCCGAAGUGGCCGAAACCCUAGGCCAAUACCCUGGUAUCCAAGAAGCCAAUGUCUACGGCGUGCUGGUGCCUCACCAUGAGGGACGUGCCGGCUGCGCAGCCUUGCAGAUUACACCCGAGGCGAAAUCCCAGUUCAAUUACCGUGACUUCGCGAGUUUUGCUCGGGCGCGACUGCCCAAAUACGCGGUUCCGGUGUUCCUACGCAUCGUAGAAAACCCGUCGCAUAUCCACAACCACAAGCAGAACAAAGUGCCGCUGCGCGAAGAGGGCGUCGACCCGGAGAAGAAAGGCCAGAAGGCACCAGAUGGAGCCGACGAUCGGUUCUUCUGGCUGCCUCCGGGGGAGUCGGAAUAUAAGGAAUUUGGCAAGAGCGAUUGGGGAGGAUUGUUGGAAGGGAAGGCGCGACUUUAG